GGGUUUAUGUAUAGCUGCUCCUGGACCUACUCUUUUAGAUCUACAGCAUAUUGUCCACACCAAGACAAGUUACAUAACCUAUAUUUAUUUAGGGCGAUCAGCUGGAUAUCUUUUUGGUUCAUUAAUUGCUGCUUUCCUCAUCAAGAAAAGCAGAAAGUCCAAAAGAAAAACAUGGGCAAGACAGUGGCUGUUGAGAUAUAAAGCACUGGGCUGUUAUGAAAAUUUAAUACAUGAAUUAGUAUUAGAGAAUAGCUGCAAAGAAUUCUUGAUGAAGUAGGAAGUGAAUUUAGCAAUGAAGAUGAAUGCCACGAAGAUUUUGCAAAUGAAAGUUCACAUUCCACGGCAUCAGAAUUUUCUGAAUCUGACAAUGAAUGCACUGAACCAGAGACUGAAGCCAUUUCAUCUACAAAUAUUAUUAAGGGAGAAAUCAGUUCAAGUGGUCAUGUAUUGAACCUCAACGAGAUGUGAGAACUUCAAUCGCAUAAUAUAGUUUAUCUUCCAGGAUUAAGAGCAUAUGGAAAAUUGGGUGAAAAUAUGGAUCCUAAAAGCAUUUGGGAACUCCUUUUCACAAACGAAAUAUUAGAGAAAAAGAAAGAACUGAAAACUAAAACUUUGUAUUUAUGCCUAAAUUGUAAAAUGCCAGUUUGUAUAUUGCUCACAAGAAUUAUGUCACGAAUGUACACAAGAAUAUGCUGAGCGGGAUAAUAAUAGAUCAAUGGAAAAAGGAAAUUCCGGCUUUGCUGAUUUUUAACUUAAUUACAGCCAUUGGUGUAUUCUUCAUUCCAUGGAGUAGACAAGUAGAAGUACUGAUCACAAUUAUGGCAAUUAGUGGCUUAUCCAUGGGAGCCCUUGAUACUGGAGGAAAUGUUUGGUGUCUAAAUCUCUGGAAAAAUAAUAAUGGUCCAUAUAUGCAAGCUUUGCAUUUUCUAUUUGGAGUCGGUGCCUUUAUUUCUCCUUUGAUUAUAGCCCCAUUCUUAUCUCAGCAGCAAAAUGUGUCAACGUUGAAUACCACAGACUCAAAUGGUUUAAAAGAAAACUCAACUGAUCAUAAUUUGAUUCCAUCUAUUACAUAUGCUUAUGGAAUUUUAGGUAUUAUUUCAUUCAUUGUAACAAUGAUGUUCAUCUUUUUACUUUUUGUGUCAUCUUCUGAAGAACUACAGGAAGACCAUAAGAACAUCAAUAAUGGCAAAAGACAAGAUCGUUCUUUAUCAAUCACAUUUAUUUUCUUUACUAUACUUUUGCUUUCUGUAUACGCAGGUAUUGAAAUUGGAUAUGCACAAAUGCUUUCUACAUUUGCUGUAAAAAGUCAUCUACAGCUUUCAAAAGAAACUGCAUCUUAUAUGACCUCUGUAUUUUGGGCUACAUUUACUUUUGGUCGUGGAUUGGCUAUUUUGUUAGCUGUAAAAAUUAGGCCUUUCAUGUUAAUAAUUGUUGAUUUUGUAUUUAUGGUGAUUUCGUCAAGUCUGCUUCUACCUAUUUCACUUGGAAAUAAACAUGAAAUUCUCUUAUGGACUGGAACUGCUGUUCUAGGGCUGUCUCUUGCAUCAUUUUAUCCCAGCACUAUAAGUUGGGCUGAAAAUCAUGUUAAUAUAAGUAAUAAAGUUGCUUCUCUAUUUGUUAUUGCAGCAUCAUUAGGAGAAACUGUGGUCCCUCUAACAGUGAGUCAGUAUGUUGAUAAAAAACCUCAAGUACUUUUAUAUAUUGUUAUGAUCUCUGUUGUGUUAUGUGGUGCUUUAAUUUUUAUUUUGUGGCUGCUUACUUUCUGGUUAGGUAACAAACAUGAUAUUGAAGAAAAUUUAGAAAUACAAUUAAGUGCAUCCUCAAAUUUAGUAGAAAUCCAAGAACAAAUUCAAGAUAACAAUGCUGAACAAGAAUCAGAAGUUACUAACUUAAAUCAUUCUCGAAUUUAAUUAAAAUGUAUGAAAUGGUUAAAGAUGAUGAUAUAGAACAAGAAACAGAAGUUGCUGAACCUUAAGGUGCAUUUAAAGUGCAUGAAAAUAUUAAAAGUGUCACGUAUAAUAAAUUUUAAGACAGAUGUAUCUGUGUUUUAACUGCAAUAAAAAUGAGGACACAUUUUAAGAUAGCUAUACAACUACGAAAUUGGAAAUUUAGAUUUUUAUCAGAAGAGAGGUUUGAAGGGUAUUUUUUUAAUACACUGUAUAUUCAUUCAUUCACUUACAGUUUUAUAACUAUAUGUUAAUAUUUUUCUUUCUUGAUGUCUUUUAAUUAACAUAAUUGUAUAAAUACAUCAGUUAUAUUCGAUACCAGUGCAUGCCUGUUUCUGAAUCUCUGACUGCAAUGUUAAUAACCAUUUGAAAUAUUUUAUUUUAAUCUGUUUUCAUUGUUUUAAAGCCCACCAGUGGCUGAGCGGUAAAGACACUGAACACUGGUAGUUCGGUCCGAGGUUUGAAUCCUGUGAACGGGCUGGCUGCA